AUGAUAGUUGUAAGCUUUGCAUCAUCAACUGAAAAGAAUGAAAAAGAAAAACAAACCAAAGAACCAAAACUAAACUGUACCCAUAUCAACUGUCCAAUGACCCCAAUUAGUUGUCCAAGUGGCGAGCAUUUUUCUACUGUUGAAUGCUGUAAACGUUGUGUAAAUUGCUCCUCUAUUAAAUGUCCACAUGAAGAACUCAAAUGUAAGGAAGGUUUCCACCCAAUAAAAGAUCCAAAGAACUGUUGUGAAGAAUGUGUUAAAUGUAAUACUGUUGCAUGUCCUCACCAAGUUCUCAAAUGUAAAGAAGGUUUCCACCCAGGCACAAAACAAAAUGAAUGUUGUAUCGAAUGUGUAAAAUGCAAUUCAGAACACUGUCCAAAACUUAAUUGUGUUAAAGGGGAAGAGUUAUAUUUACCAGAAAAUGAAUGCUGCCACAAAUGCAAACCAUCCCCAAAAGUCACCCCCACUGCCUCUCCUAAAGCCACUGCUCAUUAA